AUGGAGUCCAAGCCAGCGGCAGAUGCGACGGACUUUGUCCUCAACUUUGUCGGUGGCCCCAUCAAGUUUCGUGCGGAUGAAGGAGCGUUGUUCGCCAAGUUGUUCCACAUUGUGGACAUUGAUGGCGAUGGCUUUGUCGGUGGAGUCGAGGGUGCCGCCUUCAUUCGGCGCGCGACGCUUCCGAACGAUGCGAAUCGAGAGGUCUGGCGGUUGGCAAGCGGCGGCAAAUCCCAGGACCGCCUCAGCAAGGACAGUUGGUUCGUCGCGAUGAAACUCGUUGCGCUUGUCCAAAGCACUGGGAAGUGCAAGAUGCAGUACCUCUACGAAGCAAACCCGACGAGUACUCUGCCACUGCCCGACUUUCACUUGGAAGGACCCCCGGACAACGUUCCAAGCGACAUUGACGCGGCGGUGCUGUCCUUGCAGGAAAAGCAGUUCAAGGUCGCCGUGAGCAGCCCCAUCGUUGUUGGUAGCAGCUACACCCGGUUCACCCAAUAUGUCGUGUCGACCACCGCGUUCUGUCCGUCAUUUCCAGUCAAGACAUGCCAAGUCCGCCGUCGAUUCAGCGAUUUUGAGUGGCUGCAUCAGCGACUGACCGAGCGCUUCCGAGGCACAAUCAUUCCGCCAAUCCCAGAGAAACGAUGGACGGGCAACAUGGACGCGACGUUUGUCGAAGAGAGGCGGCAAGGCCUCGAACACUUUAUCAACGAAGUGUGCAACCACGACAAGCUGUCCAAGGCGUUUGAAGUGCAGAUCAUUCUGACCGCCAACAACGAAGGGCUAGUGGCAGGUCGAGAAUUGCUCGGCAUUGCACCGGCGGUCGCGGCGUACGUGCCAAAGGCGUCGACAAUGUCGGGGCUGUGGACCUCCAUGAAGGAUUCGUUGUUUGUCAGUUCGAUGCAGCAAACGGUAGAAAUCAAAACCGACGAAGACUACACCAAGAUUGGCGAACACAUUGACGAAUACCGCAAUCGCAUGGAAGAUCUGGUGCGGUGCUCGGACGUUGUGUACGCGGCGCAGCGGUCGCAGGGGUACGAGAUGUCGAGGUGCGGCACGUUUCUGUCGGCGCUGGCAGUGCACGAGCGGGAGGACCAGCCCAUGAGUCACCUCGUGGGCAACGCCGGCGAAGUAUUUGAAGCAGUGUCCAACCUAUAUCAGGACGAACUGGAUAAGCUGCUGGCGCUGUACGUGUCCAACAUUCGGUACCUCGCCGGCAAGGUGGGCGCUGUCAAGACGGUGCUGACCAAUCGGGAGCAAGCCAUCCUCGAGGUGCAUCAAGCUAGCGCCACCAUGCAUCGCAACAAGGAACGAUUCGCUGCCGCGCGGGCCAGCAGCGGCGCGGCGGCGUCGGCCAUGAUUGCCGAGCAAAAGAUGGUGUCGGCGGAAGACCGGAUGAACUUGGCCAAGGAACAAGUGGACUUCAUCGCGACGAGCUUAAAGGUCGAAGCGAAGCGCUUGUAUUUGGGCAAAACGGAAGAGCUCAAGCAGUCGCUCAUGGCGUUGGCAACCACCAACAGCGAGUACCAUACUACGGUACGUGGAUAG